UGUAGACAGAAGGUUAUAGUCCAACCUUCUUGCUUGUACAAAGGGGUAUUUAUUUAUUUUUUGGCAUACACAACUUACUGCCAGGUCGGUGUUUAUAAACAAACAAGAAGGUUGUUGCAUGUAACAAGUGGAAUGUUCCAUCGUGAACUCUGACCUGGUUAACUCUGACCUUUGUUGGAUGAUGGAAGACCGGACUUUCCCAAGACUUUCAGUUUUCUUCUGAGGAGGAAAGAAUUUUUGUCAAAAGAGGACUCCCAUGUACAUUACGAGGAUCGACGUCAAGACUUACAGAUAUGAAGCCCCUCCAUGAUGCAGUUAUUAAGGGAGACCAGCACAGAGUGGCCCAGCUGGUGCAGGCAGGAGAGGAUGUGGACGGCAGGUGUGAGUGUAAACUGCCUGACCUGAAACGGGCCCAUGAGUUCACACCACUACACUGUGCUGCUGCAGUCGGUGACCUACAGGUCAUUGACCUGCUGAUCAAUGCUGGUGCAGAAGUUGACAGUCAAGAUGAGGUUGGCUGCAGUCCCCUGCACCGUGCUGUGUGGUACAACAAGUUUGAUGUGGUUCAGGCUCUGCUGUCUAAAUAUGCUGCAGACAAAGACAAGAAAAACUUGGAAGGUUACACACCCGUGCACCUGGCUGCUAAGGCUGGUCAUCUGGAGAUUCUGAAAAUCCUCCUGAAGACUGGAGUGAAUCUGGAUGUAGUUGACAAGGUGGGUAUGACAGCUGCUGACCAUGCCAAAGAGAGAGAACAUCUGGAUGCUGUCAAGCUGUUGGAAGAAUACAGCAGUAAACAGGAUGCUACUGCAGCUGAUAGUGACAAGACAGUCAGACUGACAGAUCGCAGACUCUCCCGCAUUCCAGAGGAUGUCUUGGAGAAAGAAGAGACUGAACACUUGUUUCUGAGCAGAAACAGGCUCAAGGUGCUGCCCUCAAGCUUCACAAGGCUUGGCUGCCUGACCAAACUUUACCUGGAUAACAACUGUCUGUCAGCAUUUCCUACAGAACUGUUCGCUUUGUUAGAGUUAGAAGAGUUGUCUUUAGCAGAUAACAAUAUUGAUAAUCUCCCUGAGCAGAUCGGCAGAUUUAGUAAGAUGGAAACCUUACUUGUGUUUGGGAAUAAGUUACAUUCAUUGCCUAGCAGUAUUGGCAGUCUGACACAUCUCCAGUCCUUUGAUGCACACAGAAAUUGUCUUCAUGAGCUGCCCACAGGUUUUUCUCAGUUGCAAAACUUAAAGAAUCUUUACCUCAGUCAGAACCAGUUGGAAGAAGUCCCAGCUGUUGUCUUAGAUGUUGGGACUAGCCUGCAGGUUCUUGAUGUAGCCAUGAACAAAUUAAGACAUCUUCCAGAAGACAUUGACAGACUGGAGGUUCUGGAAAGGAUUGAUGCAGGGGAAAACAAGAUAAGUACUGUACCGAAGAGGUUGUGUAACCUAUCCAGACUGCGCUGGCUGUCUUUAAUGGACAACUGCAUCCAGGAACUACCGAACACGUUUGGUCGGCUAGCUUCAUCACUCAAGUACCUCAGCACCACCAGUAACCCCCUAGUGCAGCCGCCGUACGAGGUUUGUGAACAGGGCAUUCAAGCCAUACUGAAGUACCAGGAGGAGCUGGAGAGAUGUAAGGCUGUCGUGCAGCCCAGGAUGAAGAUGGUGCUGCUGGGCAGUCCGCUGGCGGGAAAGACAAGUCUCUGCCACGCCCUGAUGGAGAAUAAGUCCAGGUUAACCAGAGAGAAGGACAGGACACACUGCAUGGAUGUGACGCUGUGGCAGGCUGAUCAAGGUCUCCAGUUUGAGGUGUAUGACUUUGGGGGCCAUAAGGUGUACGACUUUGUGCACCAAUUCUUCCUGUCUCCGUUAGCCAUGAAUGUUAUAACAGUGGAUUUGGAGCAGUACACGCCAGCUGAGUUUGAGGAGACAGUUGGGAAGUGGGCCAAGGCUCUGAAUGCCCACACUCCAGGUGCAGUCAUCCGCAUGGUCGGCACUCAUGUUGACCGCUGCACACCAAAAGAUGUGAGGCUCAAAUGUGAAGACAUUUGUGACCAGCUGAGAAGUGAUGAGGAGAAGCAAGUUCAAAUCAUCCAGGAUCAAAUGAAGAUCAUCAAAGACGUCAUCAGUGAUUCCAGCAUCAUUGACAUUGACCACCCGUUACAUGGUGUCAGCAGAGAGAGAAUGCUAAAACGGUAUCACAAGCUCAGGGCCAUGUUAGAAAGCCGGCCAAAGUUGCCGUGGUGCGUGGCCCCGGUCAGCUCAGCCGAUCCCCUCAAGGGAAUUGAAGACCUCAGGAAAGAGCUGGUAUCAUUGGCUCUUAACAAGGAUGUUUUCCCAGCCCUGCGCCGGGUUCUCCCGGAAACCUGGGUGCGUCUGGAGCAGCGCCUGUUGGCUGAGAGGAGGGAACCUACGCUGUGGCUGACCUGGGCCGAGGUGGAGACGUUAGGACAGGAAGUGGGACUGAGCGCUGACCGACUCCAUCCAGCCAUCGCCUACCUGCACAGGAGAGGAGUCGUGCUGCACUUUCACGACAUCCCAGACCUGAAGACUGUGGUGUUCCAGAACCCGGCCGGGCUGACGGACAUCUUGAAGCAGCUGUAUCACCACGACACGGACACGCUGAUGAGAAACAUCGGCAGUGUGACGCUGGACCACAUCCAGCAGAGGCAGCUUCAGGAGGACCUGCUGAGGUCUGGCCUCAUGUCUGUAGACACCCUGCACCAUCUACUGAAGGGGAUGAAGCAGCCACCAGACAACAUGGACAUCGUGGUCAGGCUGUUGGAGAGAUUUGGUAUCUGUUACCCAGUCCCGAUGAGUGGACCAGGCUCCAUUGCCAGGGCUUACAGAGUGGAGAGCUGCAGCAUGUAUCAGUUCACCUGGUUUCUCACCACACACAUGCCUGCUGAUGUCCAGCAGCUGUGGUGUCCAGUGUGUCCGCAGCAGCAGGACCAGCUGACCAUUCUGUGUGUGAUGAGAGGCUUCACUCCGUGGGGUCUGUACGAAAGGUUCUGCGCACAGAUAGACCCACACAUAGGCAACCGGCAGGACUGGGCAGAUGGCAUACUUGCCUCCUUCGGUGACUACCCGCUCCACGUGACACGUGAAGUCAACAAAGAGAACAACCCCAGCAUCACGAUGGCGACUCGGUUUGAGACAGGCCACGUAGACAAGGCGUGGGAGGGCCUCCUGAAGGUGUACGGAGUACUUCGAAGCCUUCUGAAAGAGUGGCCUGGUCUUCCUUACACUUUCUGGAUCGGCUGCUGCCACUGCUUGAAGAAAGAAGAUGCGACAAAAGAGCAGCCCCACUACUUUCCAGGCGACUUGUUGAGACAACGGCGCCCCCUAGGGAUCCAGAGUCUGAGGUGCAGACGGUGUAGUGCGUCUGAGACAGUAGACAUCCGCCUUGUGUACCCUCCAGCUGUAACAGACGGCCAGUCAGCACAAAGCAACAAGGCAGGGCAGACUACAUACAUCUAUAACAUCAAGGAUGCCUCCAAUGUCCAGAUAGGAACAGGGAAUGAAAUCAGAGUAUCAAAUGCAGGCAGAGAAUGAUUACUUGUAGCUUGGACUCACUAAUGAUUGGAGUAACUCUGACUGUGUCAUUCUGAACAAAAAGUUCCUGCUGACAGUUGGAACCUUUAUGUGGCUCAAUGUGAGACAGCACUCACACAUUUGACUAAUGACCAAGUGUCAUGCAUUCUCCAGCAUUAAGUGAACAUAACAGUAGUCAUAAUACCAACUAGUUUGAUUCCUAAGGUCUUUAGCUCAUUUAUUUUUCUGGUUUUCUGAUUCUGCCUCUUAACUCCCUUCUGAUUGGAAAGAAAAAGAAGACAAACAUCUCAUACAGUCAUACUGAGGAUAUGAAUCAACCCCUAGUGCUGAAGGUAUCUGCACCAUCAGUGGGACAAAACAACAGACCUUGUCUUCCCAGUUGUAACAGUUUUUCCCAUUCAUCUGUUCACCAAAAGUUCAAGAUUCAUGAUAUUAACCAUAUUGGUAUGAUGACUUUGUGGCUCCUAUGGUAGCAUUUUAACAUUUUGCCUGCCCAUUGAUCAAAUUUGUAUUUGAUGAAAAUCCGAGAAACAAAAAAAUUGGUAACGUUAUAUAUAGUCAGGUUCCUCACUUACUCAAUAUCCAGGCUUAUAUUAUCUUUUAAAAUUAAUAUUGUACUUUGAUACUCUAGUAUUUUGAAAUAAAUAAUAAUUAAGAUUAUAAUUGUAAUUAACUAUGAUGGAUUUUCAGAUACAUUUUGUAUGUAACUAGUGGGUAUAGCCGCACAAACUCUAGAGAAUUAUUUAUAAAAGUGACUGAUUACUCAGUUUGGGUGUUGCAAUAAUUUUAUUGCAACAGAAAUAAUCUCAUGAUGAUAGAACAGUUUCUAUCUAUUGGAAACACCAAAUAACAACACAUGGUGAGCAUGAGCUUGAAUGACAGUUGAUAUUAGCCAUAAUUGAAACUUUAUUCGCAAAAUCAUGCCCGAAGGCUAAUUGUUUUCACAAUCAAGUAUCAACAGGAAACAGGUAACAACUGUCUGGGAAACUUCUACUUCUACUACUAAGCUAUUAUGGGGUUAAUAGCAGGGUCUGAUUUCUCUGAAUUAACAUGAACCAGCUCCAGAUCUGUUCAUUCAGAAAACUGUUAGGGGUGUAAUUUGAUAUGUUACCUUUACAUCAGUUUUUUUUGGUCAUUUUUUAUAUUACAAGUAUGCAUUAUCAC